AAAUUAUACUUAAAGAUUAUUAAUUUCUAUCAGAGUUAUAUGUGUAUGAUGUACUAUGUACAUUUAUAUUGUAUAUGUUUAAAUGAUACCUAACCUUAUAGAAGUUGUCACAUGGAACAAUAUAAGUUUUGCUUAUAUCAAAAGUAAAAGUUAAUCUAAGAAUAUAUACGUUUCGUAAAAUUACUUUGAUAAUUUUACUAAAUUUUAGUAAGAUGAAUAUUACUCAAAUACUUUUGCAAACCGUUACAGAUGCAAAGGUAGGAUUUAUAAUUUCAGCAAUAAUAGGUUAUUCUUUAUAUAAAAUAAUAGCAGUAAUAAAUAGAAAAAAAUUGCAAUCUUCUAAUGAUAAUUGCAAUGAAACUUUAAAUUAUAUGCAAAUGUAUGCAGAUAAUUACAAGCUUGUUUUAGUUAUUAGAACUGAUUUAAAAAUGGGAAAAGGAAAAAUUGCAGCACAAUGUGCUCAUGCUGCUGUUGCAGCUUAUAAGGCAGCCACAAAGUAUCCUGAAUUUUUAUAUGCUUGGGAAAAGUGUGGCCAAGCUAAAAUUACUCUUAAGGUGGAUAGCGAGAAUGCUUUGAAAGAAAUAGCAAAACAAGCUAGAACUGUAGGACUUUUGGCAAAUAUAAUACAGGAUGCUGGACACACACAAGUAAAGCCAGGAAGUAAAACAGUAUGUGCUAUUGGUCCAGGUCCAGCUCAAAUGAUAGAUAAUGUAACUGGUCAUUUAAAAUUGUUUUAAUAAUGAACAAAAUAAAGUGUUGUACGCAAUGGUGAUUUUAAGGAUGCUUCCACAAGACCAGAUAAGAGUUGACAAUUGGUAGGAUCAUGUGCCAAACCUGUACUGAAGGCUACAAGAGCCUCUCCAUGUCUCCCUAGACAUUGUAAGGCUACUC